UUAUUGUGAAAAGCAAAAUGAAAAAUGAAAUUUUGUUUUGUUUUUUGAGCCAAAACAUGGGUUAUAUUCCCCUCCUGGAGGGAAGUCAGAUAUGAAUUCAGCCUAAACACUUUUACUUGAUCCGUUUUUGCUGGAGGAAAGCCGCUUUCCGGGGAAACGAGCUGUUUGGAUAAUUAUUCUCCUGCUAAUCACCUCAUCUAUCUCCGGCGGCCAACAAUAGCCGCGCGCAGUCAGAGCAGCGAUCUGUUCCUGACAAGCAGCAGGGAUAACAAAUGGGUCUGCGCAGUCAGUGUGUGGGCUCAGCUGGCACAAACACGGCCCCGUUCAGCCCCGAUCACCCGGAUAACGGCCAUAUAUGCCGCCGGGGCUCCUGUCACCUCACCGGAGCAUCCUUUUAUGGAGGCCGGAAUUCCGCAUGCCUCGUUUCCUCCAAAAUAUAAAUACAAAAAAAAAAAAGAAAAGAAGGAGUUGGGAAUGAAAAUCCUCAACUUCCAUGAGUUUUAAAUUCAUUUGCACCACUUAUUUCGGCCCGUCGUCACGGUUAUCCCCACUAUUCUAUUUCUAGAGUUACCCCUCUUUUAUUUUUUCCAAAAGUCAAGUCCAUAUUUGGUGAAUGACGUCACGGGAACCCCAGAGAUUCCCUUUAAAAGCCUCGCGGCGCCUUCUGGGAGCUGUUUGAAGGAGAUGAGAGGCGCGUCUGAAGCGCAGCAGAAUGGCUACUAAAGCGCUGGAUGAAGUCGCCGCGUCUUUACGCAGCCUCAUAGACGCCAUUCCCAAGGAUGCGCACGCGGCGCUGGGGGGGCUCACUCCCCAAACGGCGGUAGUUUUCAAAGAGGAGCCCGAUGGGGGGGAGGAUGACGAGAGGCAGAGUGAGGCGGGCGGUGAUCGUCUGCAGCUCCAGGGCGACUUGGCGCAGUACGUGGCAACUUUACGCGCGCACCCAGUGGCGUUCAGCGGAAAGUUUUCGGUGGACUCCAGGUGCGCAGGUGGGCAGUGGACGCCAGGGGACGUCUGCGUGCUCAGCGCUGACAUCACCACCGCCGGGCCCGAAGCGGUGUCCGGAUCUCCCGCAGCAUCACCUGACAUUUACGCACCAGGAGGAGGAGAAGCGCAAAGCAGCAUGGCGCACGGACAGCCCGGCAUCAGCCACAUGUACGGGCCCCCUCACCCCCACCCACAUCCCGACCCACCCUACCCCUGUGGCGGGGACAUGUACCAGGACCAAACAGCAGGGGCUUACCUGGCUCCAUCCACCUGCGCAGGGCCGUACCACCAACACCAGCCCUAUAACUCCGCCCCCAAACCACCUGUGGAUGGCGCGCUGCUCUCCAUCAUCCCUGAAUAUGGGGGGUUUUAUCAGCAGAGCUGCCAGAGGGACAUCCAGGCGGCUUUUCCCGACAGGAAGUCCUUGGCGUACCCGCUGGACUCCCUCAGGGUGGCCCCGCCCCUCACGCCGCUCAACACCAUCAGGAACUUCACGCUCGCUGCGCCCUCCUCUGCCGCAGAGGGUCCGAUGGCCGCCGCCUUCCCCGCCCACCAGAACCUCCCUCUCAGGCCCAUCCUGAGACCCAGAAAGUACCCGAACCGCCCCAGCAAGACGCCCGUGCACCAGAGGCCGUACCCGUGUCCGGCCGAGAGCUGCGACCGCAGGUUCUCCAGGUCGGACGAACUGAGCCGACACCUGCGCAUCCACACCGGCCACAAGCCCUUCCAGUGCCGCAUCUGCAUGAGGAACUUCAGCCGCAGCGACCACCUCACCACGCACAUCCGCACGCACACCGGGGAGAAGCCCUUCUCGUGCCAGCAGUGCGGGAGGAAGUUCGCGCGCAGCGACGAGAGGAGAAGGCACAUGAAGAUCCACCUCAGGCAGAAGGAGAAGAAGCCCUGCGCGUCCUAACCCCCCCGCAGAGAUGCCCAGAGAUACCCCCCAGACAACAGGCAGGACUGUCACCUAAUGGGGUUCCAGGGUUUCCAAACAGCCAUAAAUAACUUUCUCUCAGGGAGUCAAAGAUCUUUGUGAAGGAUGCAGGAUGAGGAGCGCUAUCUGCUGAAAACAAAAAAGGCUUCAGCUCGGUUCUGUUUAUGCUAAAAAUGAACUGCCAUACUGUAAAAACCAUCUGAAUGAAGGUGUCUCAGUGUUGACCUU